GCUCCUCCCGCCGUCCCUCCCCGGAAGGGCGGCCUUUCCCGGCCGGCGCGGCGGCGGCAUGGAGCGCUCUGAGGCCUACGGCUUCUCCGGGGCCAUGAGCGGCGCCUUCCUGCUGUCCUGCCUGCUCUUCGCGGCCAUCAGCCGCCGCCAGCGCGGGCCCUACAUGGACGAGGUGUUCCACGUCCCGCAGGCGCAGGCCUAUUGCCACGGCCGCUUCCUGCAGUGGGACCCCAUGAUCACCACGCUGCCUGGCCUGUACCUGGUCUCGGUGGGAGUAGUGAAGCCCGCGGCGUGGCUCCUCGGAUGGACCGGGAGCGUGGUGUGCUCUGUGGGAAUGCUCAGGUUUAUCAACCUCCUCUUCAGCGCUGGGAACUUUUAUUUACUAUAUUUGCUUCUGUUCAAGAUCCAUCAGAAGAAUAAGGCUGUGUCUGGCUUCCAGAGAAUCUUGUCUACAUUAAUUCUUGCAAUGUUUCCCACCCUUUACUUUUUUACAUUCCUUUAUUAUACGGAUCCGGGUUCAGUAUUUUUUACUCUCUUUGCCUAUUUAAUGUGCCUUUAUGGUAACCAUAAAACAUCAGCUCUCCUGGGAUUUUGUGGCUUCAUGUUUCGUCAGACAAAUAUUGUGUGGACAGUUUUUUGUGCUGGAAAUGUUGUGGCAGAAAAACUAAAUGAAGCCUGGAAGACUGAAUUACAGAAGAAGAAAGAUGAAAAGAUUUCUUCCAAGAAAGGAUCAUUUUCAGAUUUGACCAGAAUAUUGCAGUUUCUUAUUAAAUAUCUCAUAUCACCUAAAAACUUAGUUACACUUACUGUUUUAACUUGGCCGUACAUCAUAUUAGUAACUGUCUUCUUUGGUUUUGUUAUCAUCAAUGGUGGAAUAGUUGUUGGUGACAGAAGUAGCCAUGAAGCCUGUUUGCACUUUCCUCAGCUGUUUUAUUUUCUGUCCUUUACUGUUUUUUUUUCAUUCCCUCAUUUAUUGACCCCUACUAAAAUCAGGAAAUUCCUUCUGUCAUUGCGAAAGCACCCUGUGCAGUACAGCUUAAUCACCAUCAUCUCUUUAUUCCUGAUCUGGAAAUUUACCUAUGUUCAUAAGUAUUUACUAGCAGAUAACAGACAUUACACAUUUUAUGUCUGGAGAAAAGUGUUCCAAAGACACGAGCUUGUAAAAUAUGUAUUGGUUCCAUUCUAUAUAUUUGCUGGCUGGACUUUUACUGAUACACUAAAAUCAAAAUCGAUAUUCUGGAUCUUGAUGUAUUUUGUGUGUUUAUUAGCAGUCACAGUUCCUCAAAAAUUGCUAGAAUUUCGUUACUUUAUUUUGCCAUUCUUAAUAUAUAGGCUCAAUAUUCCAUUUCCAUCUAUGUAUAGACAACUUCUGGAGCUGGCUUUUUAUAUUGUAGUAAAUGCUGUAACUUUUUAUCUUUUUCUAAACAGAACAUUCCGGUGGGAAAACAGUGAUGAAAUACAGAGGUUUAUGUGGUAACUUUUUUUUUUUUUUGAAUACUUUUACAGGUAGGAAAACCCAGUUCUAUUUCAGGACUGGACUCUGGAGUGAAACAGUAUGUUUUGCAUCAUGCGAGGGCUAAUUUUCCCGGUUGGAAUUGGGGAAGUAAGCUCUUUGCUUAUAUUCUUGCAGCUGAAUGCAAGAUCUGAUAUGUUAUAAUGUGAAGAUGUUCCAUACAUUGAAUUUAUGAGAAUUAACAAAUUCAAUAUGAGGAGAAGUGUGAGAACACCUUUCUGUAAUAGAUGUAAAAUGAGGGAGAUGUUUACAAUCAUUUUUCAUUAUAAUAAAAUAUAUAACAUGCCCUUGAAGGUAUGACAGUUUAUGUUUCAGAGGUUUCUCUUUGAAAAAAGGAUUUCAACCAUUAUGUUUAUUUAUCCAUGUGCAUAUUUAUUCUUUGGAUCAGGCCACUUCCUUCUAGGUUUCCUAAUGGUCAAGGUAUGAACCACUACUAAAGUACAAUAUUUUCAAAACCUCCUACAUCCCAGUGAAUUUUCAUUUCUUUUUUGUCAGUAAAUGCUUACUUUAGUUUUGCAAACAGAAGGUAGGCUCUUAAAUCAUUGGAGCAUUUUGAACAUUUUAUUUCAAACUGAUAUUUAUAAAACACCGCGGAGGCUGUGUGCAUGUACCUUCUUUGGGGAAUAAAUGUUACUGUACAACAAAAGGUAAAUUGCGGUUGGUAAUGUGACCUAUUAGAAGCAGUCAUUUACAUAUGUCAGAUGAGUGGUUCCACAGUGGAUUACAGCCCAGUGAAUAGUCUCUUAAAUAAUCAGGCUCCUAUGUCCUGUGGUUGUGUACUCAGAAGUUUGUACUGAAAUUGGCUCUGAGUGAACUCCCAGGUUGAGCUGAGUGUUUCAAAGAUCUUUGAUGUGUAAUCUUCAAGAAAUACUAAUGGCAUUACUGAAUUAUUCUUUGAAAUGUUUUCCAUAUUUAUAUGUAUCUAAUGGGACUUGGGUGUAUAUAUUUUGUUUUACAAAGGUAAAAAAUACAAUGUGUGUGUAUAUCUCUAUAUAUAUCUCUCUCUAUAUAUUUAAAAGCAUCUAGUGUGCAUUAUCAUCAGAAUAAAUGAAGGCUGUAAUGGUUCCUGUCAGUAAAUAACUUUAUUAAGACUCAAAAA